UCACUAUUCCUUUUGUUUGGUGCGUGGGCGUUCACUAAAGUAGGCGUGGUUUUCAAGGUGUUGAAUUCCAGGUCCUCUUGUUUCAGUGUAACCUAAUCCCAUUCUUCCUUCACUCCACUACAAUACUAGAGCUCAGUACUGUCCCUACUACUCCUGUUACUCCAGGUUAAGAUGCUCUGUGGUGUGUUUAGGAAGCGGGUCCCUGUAGAAUCUGCUAAUUUUACAAAUCAAAAUCUCCGCGAGGUCCCCCCUGAUCUAUACCAGCACAGACACUCUCUCCAGCGACUCUAUCUUAACACAAACUACCUCUCAGCUUUCCCAAAGGGUCUCCAUACUCUAGAAGGACUCACUGAACUUGAUAUCAGUGAGAACAACAUUCUCUUCCUCCCUCCCACCAUUGGACAACUGACCAAACUGAAGAUACUCAAUAUUAGCAGAAACCACCUACCAAACAUUCCUAAUGCUAUACAGAACUGCACUGAACUGGUAUCAAUAAAUAUCUCCUGUAACCCAAUUGGAAGGUUGUGUGAUGGUAUAGUCUCCCUGGCUCAGUUGAGGUUCCUCUUUGCUAAUGAAUGUGACAUGGGCACUCUACCAGUCAACAUCGGACAUCUCAGUAAACUGGUCAGUCUGGAACUGAGAGAGAACCACCUCAUGUCACUACCAGAGUCGUUAGGUCAGUUAAAGUAUCUUGAGCGGUUAGACAUUGGUUGCAAUGAGUUUGAGAAUAUAUCUCCUGUGGUUGGUGGUCUCCAGUCAUUAGAGGAGCUGUGGAUUGAUAUGAAUAGUUUGAUAUCCCUCCCUGAGGAGAUGAGUGGGUUGAAGAAGUGUUCCUUCAUUGAAGUAUCAGACAAUAGACUAAUGGACCUACCACACUCCAUUGGUCUCCUAUCAUCACUGACCGACCUCUACCUCCAGAAUAACCUUCUCACCCAACUACCUGUGUCCUUUGGUUAUUUAAAGAGUUUAAAGGUGUGUAAUGUCUCCAGUAACAGGUUAAUGUUCCUCCCUGAGUCAAUAGGAGGGUUGCAGAGUUUGACUGAAUUCAACUUAUCGCAAAACCACAUCAAUUGUUGGUGGUAUGAAGUGUCUCAGUUUAUUAAACUUUGAUGAGAACAGACUGGAACACUUGC